CGCCCGGCGCAGCCGCCGAGCCUAGGACGAGAGCGCAGCCUCUUGCCCGCCGCCCGUCUCCGCCGCCCGCAGCCUCGUCCCCGCCGCCGCUGCCCCCGGGGCAUGGCCUGUCUGACUGCCGCUUUCUCGGUCGGCACCGCCAUGAAUGGCAGCAGUUGCUCUGCAGCAAUGACAGAGCCCAAGUCAGUGUGCGUCUCUGUGGACGAGGUGGUCUCCAGCAGCAGGGAAGUCAUGGAGAUGGAGCUGCUGAACGGACAUCUGAAGAAAGAGGAUAACAGCCUGACAGAGGCCCAGCGCCUCUCCUGCCUGCCACGGAGGGCGGCUGUGAACAUCGAAUUCAAGGACCUCUCCUACUCGGUCCCAGAAGGUCCCUGGUGGAGGAGGAAAGGAUACAAGACCCUUCUGAAAGGAAUUUCUGGGAAGUUCAACAGUGGAGAGCUGGUGGCCAUCAUGGGUCCUUCCGGGGCUGGGAAGUCCACGUUCAUGAACAUCCUGGCCGGAUACAGGGAGACGGGCAUGAAGGGUGAGGUCCUCAUCAACGGCCUCCCGCGGGACCUACGCUGUUUCCGGAAGGUGUCCUGUUACAUCAUGCAGGACGACAUGCUGCUGCCACACCUGACCGUGCAGGAGGCCAUGAUGGUGUCUGCGCAUCUGAAACUCCAAGACAAGGACGAAGGGAGAAGGGAGAUGGUCAAGGAGAUCCUGACGGCCCUGGGCCUGCUGUCUUGCACCAACACGCGGACCGGCAGCCUCUCGGGCGGCCAGAGGAAGCGCCUGGCCAUCGCGCUGGAGCUGGUGAACAACCCUCCAGUCAUGUUCUUUGAUGAGCCCACCAGCGGCCUGGACAGCGCCUCCUGCUUCCAGGUGGUCUCCCUGAUGAAGGGGCUGGCUCAGGGGGGGCGGUCCAUCAUCUGCACCAUCCACCAGCCCAGCGCCAAGCUCUUUGAGCUGUUCGACCAGCUUUAUGUCCUCAGUCAAGGACAGUGUGUGUACCGGGGAAAAGUCUCAAAUCUUGUACCAUAUUUGAGGGAUUUAGGUCUGAAUUGCCCAACCUACCACAACCCGGCCGAUUUUGUCAUGGAAGUCGCGUCCGGUGAAUAUGGAGAUCAGAACGGCCGCCUGGCGAGAGCCGUCCGGGAGGGCAUGUGUGACUCUGACUACAGGAGAGAGCCCGGAGGUGAUGGCGAGGUGAACCCUUUUCUUUGGCACCGGCCCUCUGAAGAGGACUCCACUUCCACGGAAGGCUGUCACAGCUUCUCUGCCAGCUGCCUCACCCAGUUCUGCAUCCUCUUCAAAAGGACUUUCCUCAGCAUCAUGAGGGAUUCGGUCCUGACGCACCUGCGGAUCACUUCCCACAUUGGCAUCGGCCUCCUCAUUGGGCUGCUGUACUUGGGGAUCGGGAAUGAAGCCAAGAAGGUCCUGAGCAACUCCGGCUUCCUUUUCUUCUCCAUGCUUUUCCUCAUGUUCGCAGCCCUCAUGCCCACCGUCCUCACGUUUCCCCUGGAGAUGGGAGUGUUUCUUCGAGAACACCUGAAUUACUGGUACAGCCUGAAGGCCUACUACCUGGCCAAGACCAUGGCUGACGUGCCCUUUCAGAUCAUGUUCCCCGUGGCCUACUGCAGCAUCGUGUACUGGAUGACGUCCCAGCCGUCCGACGCCGUGCGCUUCGUCCUCUUCGCGGCACUGGGCACCAUGACCUCGCUGGUGGCGCAGUCUCUGGGCCUGCUGAUCGGAGCCGCCUCCACAUCCCUGCAGGUGGCAACCUUCGUGGGCCCCGUCACGGCCGUCCCCGUCCUCCUCUUCUCAGGAUUCUUCGUCAGCUUCGACACAAUCCCCACCUACCUGCAGUGGAUGUCCUACAUUUCCUAUGUCAGAUAUGGGUUUGAAGGGGUCAUCCUCUCCAUCUAUGGCCUCGACCGCGAGGACCUGCACUGUGACAUCGAUGAUACGUGCCACUUCCAGAAGUCGGAGGCCAUUCUCAGAGAGCUGGACGUGGAGAACGCCAAGCUCUACCUGGACUUUAUUGUCCUGGGGAUUUUCUUCAUCUCCCUGCGUCUCAUUGCCUACUUUGUGCUGAGAUACAAAAUCCGGGCAGAGAGGUAAAGCACUGGAAAGCCAGAGAGAGGAAAAUUGGACACAGUGGCCAAGGGCCACUUGCAGAACCUGCAGCAAGCCCGGGCCCGAGGACACAGACACUCCUGUGACCCAACCCCUGGGACCACGUUUGGUUGUUGGGCAUCCAGUGCUGGAUGGACAUCGCCGCCCCGCUGGGUUGGGCCUUCUCUCCAUUACCCUUUCUAGCUGUAACUAAGAAGAUGAUGUAGAAAGGUUUUUUUUCCACGUGCAGGGUUUUAAAAUACCACCCCUGAGGCAGAAUUUAAAACUGCAACAAAGCUGGUGACAAGAGGGUUCCUCGGCAAAAUUCUUCCUUCUGACCAGGGAGCUCUGGUCCUGCACCGGGGAUUCAGGCAGCUUCCUGGGGAUCCCUGUGCAGUCAGACGUCCAGGGGCAGAAAGGUGAAGCCAGGAGCGAUUCCAUUCUGUGACUGGUGUUUUCGUAGUUUCACCUUUCUACGGUUUGUCUCUUUUUCCAAUGAGGUCAUUUUCCAAGCCAAAAGUCGGUAAAUUUCAUUCAUUUCCAGAAACUGUACCUUUUUAGUACUUGAUGAAGAAAAUUAUUCAGGGUAAAUAUACUUUGUUUAGAGAUGAGAGGGGUUUGACUUGAUCGCUGAGCUGGUCUCAUUUACAGACGGAACUUGGGAAAGAUACGAAAGGCGGCUCCAGGUUGAAGGGUGACCUUGGAACCGUUCGCACUAAGCCGUGUGGAAAUCUUUUAAAGUUACACAGAAAGUUGUAAGGUGAAAUUGGCCAUCUCUUUCAAAGUCUUUUAUUUUCCCCGUGCUUCUUACUUUAAGCAAAAUAUAUUGGUUUUUUUUCUUUCUAA